AUUUGACAGUUGUCUUUGGUAAUGCAGUACAAUCAGUCAUCUCCGAUAGGGGGAUAUAUACACGGACAGCAGCCGCCAAGCUAUGCCCAGGCCACAAAUCCGCAACAAGCCUAUCCAGUUGUUCCACCUGUGGUGAUCAUUCAACAUCACACUGUCACACCUGUGGGUCCCGAUGCCAGCUUCAUCACCUGUCCCCAUUGCCAUGUACAGAAAUUGACGCGUGUGGAAUAUGCGCCCAGUGGAAAGACCCAUUGCAUGGCUGCCCUACUCUGUAUGAUGGGACUCUGGUGUUUUGCCUGUUUGCCAUAUUGUGUGACUAGUUGUAUGAAUGCUCAACAUUAUUGCGGCAAUUGCAAUAAAUUUGUGGGAGUCUAUAGCGGGGAUUAGUUUAAGAGCGAUCAAUAAACAAAAACCAAAACAGACAA